CGCUUCUGCCUGCUGCAGAGACCCCUGCCCAGCCUGCCUUUGGAUGAGGGCUGCCAACCAGAGGCUGCACAGCUGGUUCAAGUCCAGCAAGGACCUGGAGUCAGAAUCCCCCCGGCUCUCAGUCUCAGGAAUUUUCUCUACAUCGUGCUACAAACAUCCCACCCUAAGGAGGGCCUUUGGGAGUCAUGUGCUGGGGGCCUUCCUUCCGGAAGUGGAAGGGACCCUCCCUCAUUUGCCCAUCAGGAGGAGGCAUCCUUUUGGAUGGCUCCCUGAACUGUUUUGAUAACAGCCUAGGGAUUUCAAAUGUGUGUUGUGGCUGCCCACGAAAUCCAAGUCACCGAUGUUUCAGAACCUAAGCAGUUAACAUUAGAAAUUUUGCUGCAAAUAAAUUGAUCAGUAUGCAAGACAGUUGUCACGGCUGAAUCAUGGUCCACAGUUAAGGUAAACAGAUCUGUGAUGACAUUUUCUGAGCGGAAUACAAAUGCGGCUCAUUUCCUCCCAGAGGUUUCUGACAUUUCUUCUGCACGGAUAACAGAGUCUCUCAAGAAGGUGCUGGUCACAAGGAAGAAAGAUCUUUGUUUAAUCCCUCUGAAAAGAAAUGGCUUCGGACAUCCCUGGAUCGGUGACAUUGCCCGUUGCCCCCAUGGCAGCCACUGGACAGGUGAGGAUGGCUGGGGCCAUGCCUGCCCGAGGAGGAAAACGGCGUUCCGGAAUGGACUUUGAUGAUGAAGAUGGCGAAGGUCCCAGCAAAUUUUCAAGAGAGAACCACAGUGAGAUCGAGAGGCGCCGGCGGAACAAGAUGACACAGUACAUCACCGAGCUCUCGGACAUGGUCCCCACGUGCAGCGCGCUGGCCCGGAAGCCGGACAAGCUCACCAUCCUGCGCAUGGCCGUCUCGCACAUGAAGUCCAUGCGGGGCACAGGGAACAAGUCCACGGACGGCGCCUACAAGCCUUCGUUCCUGACGGAGCAGGAACUGAAGCAUCUCAUCCUUGAAGCAGCUGAUGGAUUUCUGUUUGUAGUGGCGGCUGAGACGGGGAGAGUGAUUUAUGUGUCUGACUCUGUGACCCCCGUGCUGAACCAGCCCCAGUCGGAGUGGUUUGGAAGCACUCUCUAUGAACAGGUGCAUCCUGACGAUGUGGAGAAGCUGAGAGAGCAGCUGUGCACCUCAGAAAACUCAAUGACAGGCCGGAUCUUGGAUCUGAAGACUGGGACGGUCAAGAAAGAAGGGCAGCAGUCGUCCAUGAGGAUGUGCAUGGGCUCCCGGAGGUCCUUCAUCUGCAGGAUGAGGUGUGGAAAUGCUCCUUUGGACCACCUUCCUCUAAACAGAAUAACCACCAUGAGGAAAAGGUUCAGGAAUGGCCUUGGCCCUGUCAAAGAAGGAGAAGCUCAGUAUGCUGUGGUCCAUUGCACAGGCUACAUCAAGGCUUGGCCUCCAGCAGGAAUGACUAUACCUGAAGAAGACGCUGAUGUGGGACAAGGCAGCAAAUAUUGCCUUGUGGCAAUUGGGAGACUCCAGGUGACCAGCUCUCCUGUGUGCAUGGACAUGAGCGGGAUGUCAGUGCCCACGGAAUUCCUAUCCCGGCAUAACUCUGACGGGAUCAUCACAUUUGUGGACCCAAGAUGCAUCAGUGUGAUUGGCUACCAACCCCAGGAUCUUCUAGGAAAGGACAUUUUGGAGUUCUGCCACUCCGAGGAUCAGAGCCAUCUGCGGGAGAGCUUCCAGCAGGUGGUCAAGCUGAAAGGCCAAGUGCUGUCGGUCAUGUAUCGGUUCCGAACCAAGAACCGGGAGUGGGUGCUGAUCCGCACCAGCAGCUUCACCUUCCAGAACCCCUACUCUGAUGAGAUCGAGUACAUCAUCUGCACCAACACCAAUGUCAAGCAACUUCAGCAGCAGCAGGCAGAGCUGGAAGUGCACCAGAGAGAUGGGUUGUCGUCAUAUGACUUAUCGCAGGUUCCUGUCCCCAACCUACCAGCCGGUGUGCACGAGGCUGGGAAAUCUGUCGAAAAGGCAGACGCAAUCUUUUCCCAGGAAAGAGACCCGCGGUUUGCUGAGAUGUUUGCAGGAAUCAGCGCAUCGGAGAAGAAGAUGAUGAGCUCAGCCUCUGCGGCAGGAUCUCAGCAGAUCUAUUCCCAAGGGAGCCCAUUCCCCGCUGGACACUCGGGGAAGGCCUUCAGCUCUUCAGUGGUUCACGUCCCUGGCGUGAAUGAUAUCCAGUCCUCCUCCUCAACGAGCCAGAACAUGUCCCAAAUCUCCCGGCAGCUGAACCAGAGUCAGGUGGCCUGGACGGGGAGUCGGCCGCCCUUUCCCGGACAGCAAAUCCCCUCUCAGUCCAGCAAGACUCAGUCUUCCCCGUUUGGAAUUGGAACAAGCCACACCUACCCGGCGGACCCUUCCUCCUACAGUCCUCUCUCCAGCCCAGCUACCUCCUCACCCAGCGGGAAUGCCUACUCCAGUCUUGCCAACAGGACUCCAGGGUUCGCUGAAAGUGGACAAAGUAGCGGGCAGUUCCAGGGGCGGCCCUCGGAAGUCUGGUCGCAGUGGCAAAGCCAGCACCACGGACAGCAGAGCGGUGAGCAGCACUCCCACCAGCAGCCCGGUCAGACUGAAGUGUUCCAGGUAAAUCAGCGAGCACCGCCUUCUCGUAGGACAUGCUGCCCAUGCCAGGAGAUCCAACCCAGGGGACUGGCAACUAUAACAUCGAAGACUUUGCCGACCUGGGCAUGUUCCCACCGUUUUCUGAGUAGCUGCAGGCAGAGCGAGGCUGCCACUGUGCGGUGCCCCCAGGGCUGUGAUACCAACACCCACGUGAACGGGGCCCACCCUCGCCCUACUUGCCCAGCCACAGGACCCCUCAGCAGAAGGCAUCCCAUCCCCUGCAUUUCCCUGGCCACAGCAUUGCUCAGCUUCUAACCCACAGCCGUGGCUGCUCGGGCCCUGACCAGGAGCCUGGCUGACGGGGAUGGUGGUGUUAUUUGUAUUUUAUCUGUAUGUGCUUGGGGGACCAGCCCAUUGGGUCCUUAAACUCUCAUUAUGAAUAAUCUCAUAUUAGACAAUUUUCACCUGUAAAAAUUCAGUUAUAGCCCAGAGAGCCCAAGCAGGACCCUCAGGCCUGCCCAGGAAGCUGGAAUCUGGUCCCUUCUGUGGACAGACGGGGGCUCAGGGGGUGUUGGGGAAAGAAGCAGGCACGAAGCGCAGCCUUUGCUGUCAGAGCUGGGGGUGAGGAGCCCAGGGAUGUCAGGGUGGACGCUGGCUCCUCUGUCCCCUGGCUUAGUCCCGUCUGUCUGUGCGUCCGUUGUACUGUGGGACGUGUGUGCUUCGUCAGUGUGCCGUGAAUCCCUGUGCCCAUGUCUGUCGUGUGCAGCCAGAGUGAGUGUCUAGAAUCCCGGGUGUGAGACUAGAGGGACAGCCCGGAUAUGCAACUCCGUCCAAGCUAAGUGGCCCUGGGGCCAGAGGAAGCUGAGCCCGGGGCCUGGGCGCUGGGCUGAUGGGAGGAGCAGAGCAUCACCAGUGGUCCUCGCCGGGAACCCCUCACCUUGAUAGGUCGAUUCUUUGGUCCAAGCCCCUUGAUGCAGAUCGAGUCCUCCUCUGAGAGGCACCGCCCCUUCCUGUGAAGGAGACUCCACGAGACCACCCGCCCUUCUCUCACUGGGUCUGAAGAGCCGCCCUUCCUGGUUCUCCCAGGGGGUUCUCAUCCUUGCCCUGUUGGUGAGAGGUGGGCUUUGUCCCUGCCCGACACCCGCAAGGGGGCCCUGUGAGCUGACAGCUACCCCAGUCUGCUGUGGAGCUGUGCGGGGGAGGGCAGGGGACUUCUUCUGUGCCAGGCACAGUGCUUCCCCAGGACCAGCCUCCAGAGAUGGGGAGGAGUGAACCCAUGCAUGGACCUGGCAUCUCUGAGACAGCCCGCCAGGCCACCUGAGCCUUCUUCCUUCAGCCAGCUGGAGCUGUGGCGUCUCUGAGGCAGAAGACGCAGGCUGCCGUUCUGGUCCCAGUUCUGAUUCUAGCCCCAUGCUCAUUAGGGCCUUGAAUUCCUCAGGUGGUCUCAAACGGAGUGAGAGCUGGCUUCUAGAAGCUUCUGCCUGGCUGACCUCUGAGCCCCUGGUCCCUGACCUCUGAGCCCCUGGUCCCUGGAUUGCCGUGUCGCCCUCAGAUGUGAGUUUAAGAAUCCACCCCCCUGUUUUCGCUUUCCUCUGCCUCCUCCCAUGCCCUUUAUCCCAAGGAAAGAAAAUUCCCUGUUCUGCUCUUUUCCUGGCGGCCACCCUCCUGUCCUGCAUCCCCAUUCCACCUGCUCACCGAGGAGGCGUCCACCAUGGGAAAGCCCUCCCUUCGGCACCUGGCUGGGAAACAACCUCUGUGUCCCCGUCCCCCAGAUUCCAGAGGGCCGAGCAGAGUAGUGGUGUUCUAGGCCGCCUGUGUGUGGCAUGAGCGCAGCCUGCAGGAAGGAGCCUGUGGGGGGCGGGGGUGGGUGGGUGGGUGGGAGUGUUUAUUUGCUCUGACCCUCUGGAAGCUCAAGCCUGACUGGCCUGCAGAGGGGACCGUGUGCCCAGCCUUGCCUGGGGAGCUCUGGCUAUAAAAGUCCAAUGUGGUUCAGGAGAAUUCCUUUGGCCAGUAGCCAGCUUUGUGGGAGGCCAGUUCCUUGGGUCUCAAUUAACCCUGACUUGACAGUUUCUAGAGUGGCUCCUCACCCUUUUGUAUACAGCUGUGAUUGGAUCUGGGGUUUAGGCACACAUGAUGUCGUUUUAUCUUCUGGAGCCUUUUGGCUUCUGGAAAAGUGGCAGGUGGCUGAAACUCCACACAGUCUGACAGCAUCAAGCCCUGAGGCGCUUCUCCGGGCUGCCUUGCCCCGGGGCCACCUCUGCUUUACAGCCUUGAGCUUGCCCCAGGCAGUGGACUUCAUUAUUUCCCAAAAACAAGGGCACAAAAAUAGCUUUGGAAUCAAAGACUGGUUUCUCAGUGAAAUGAAAAUGGACUUUUUUUGUGGGUCUGAGUCUGUGAGUUUGGAAGUUUAGGGGAGGUUAUGUUUGUAUUUCUGGUUUGGGAGGGAACUUGGGGAUUUUCUUAGGCGCACACACUGGGGUCAGCACACUGCCUGUGAGCCCGCCGCACCCCCGGGCUGUGCUGGGUGCCAAGAGGUUGCAAAAGGACACAGGAGAACAGCCUGGCUCCCAGUGACCUUUCACCUACUUCGCCCACUUACACGAGCUUCUAGGGGGCAGAGCACUCCAUUCUCGGUCCUGGAAGGCGGGGAGUCGUGGGUGACUGAAAGCCAGACGUCAUGGGGAGCAUUGUGACUAAAUAAUCCCACCUCCACCUUCUGGCUUUGUCCCCUGAGUGCAGGCAGGGAGUCUGACUGCAGUCAGCGCAGUGGCUCCGAUUCUUUUUUCUCUCUUCCCCACUCGGCUUUGUGGCUAUGAUCCUUAGAAGCUACCAUGUGGCCAUUAAGAAAACAGACAGGAUCGAGAGGGUCCCACACCGGAGGGAUGCCCUUCCCCCGAAAUGUUGAGCCCAAUUGGAGUAAGAGUUAAAGCCCCAGAGGGUCUGAUCAUAACGCUUUGCAAAAGAACCUCCCUGCAUCCAGUCAUGUGCAGCCAGGAGGCCAGGACGCACACGCACCCUGAGUCAGCGGGUUUGGUCUUUAGGAGGUGGAGACCAUGCAGGCCUCUGGCUCUGGGACACUCUUCCUCGGCCACCCCUCAUCUCACGUCUCCUAGACCUUCGGCUGGCUUGCCUUAGGCUGAACAAGCAGAGAGCUUUCCACCCAAAACGGCCAUGUGGCGGCUGCCGGAACCACGGGUGAGGACGCAAAGGCAGCCACACUGAGGCUCAGCCAGGCCUUGGUUAGUGACCAUGACAGUGCCUACGGAGGUUCUAAAACACUCUAUCUGUAAGUCCCUGCCCACUCGUUUUGUCCUUCGUUUUGGUUUCAGGGAGCGAUAGAGCCAUCACAGCCGCGUUCUUUGCUUCCCAGCAUAGCAAGUGCAGCCCUUUUGUGGUUUCAUGAAUACUUUUGGCAGGUGGUAGGAGGAUGCUGAUGGUUGAUAGAACUGACAUCAGGGAGGGUAAAUCCUGGGCUAAUAGAGAGACCCUGUCCCCCACAUAAGCCCCAUGUGACAGUAUCAGCACUCCAUCCAGGCUUGGCCAAGAAACGAGUCAGACCCCAGGGGACAGGGGCACAAGUGGCGAUCCCUUCCCACCAGGACAGCACUGGGCCAGCGGAUGAGCUCUGCCAGGACAGUGACCUCUCACCCCCAGGCCCACCUGCUCCCUCACGGUUAUGCCCUGUCACGUAAGCCGAUCCACGGUUACCUGAAAGCGCCGGCCAGUGACAAGCCAGGAGGGAAAUGCUCCAGUCUUACUAGGAAGUCAGGGUUUGUCAUGAGGUCGCCAUGUCCUGACUUGUCAGAAAGCCCACCCUGUCCACUUCCCUUUUCUGACCAGAUCCUCGUGGUCAUGUGCUAAGGGAUCUGGCUGUCCGCCUUGUCCGGCUGCCUGGCGCCUGGGGCCACAUGAAGCGGCACCACAACACAGCAGACACAUUUUCACGUUUGCCCACGUAGGUGUGCCGGGUGUUGGGGUCUCGGCCCGUGGGGCACUGAGUGUGCAGGUGGCCAACGGACAGGGCAACUUGCUUCCCGUAACAGCCUCAUUUCCCCUCGGAAACCAGAGAUUUCGCAGACGCGCUUCCGUGGACAAUUUCAGCACUUCAUCCUUUCUCUGUGAACCCCUCUUCUUCUGGAUGUGAACCGUGCUGUGGAUAAAUCAUCAUUUGUAUUUCUUGAAUGUUCUCUAUGACUAACAGUUAAGUCGAUUGUGUAUAUGUGUAACUAAUGUAACUGCCUUUUAAAAUUUCAGUACAAUAAAAAUGACUUUGCUCUGAACACUGAA